AUGGAAUUCCCAGAAUCAUUUAAAAUACGUAAACGUAAGUCAUCAUCAUCGUCGUCGUCGUCAUCAUCAUACUUGCUACCGCAACGACAUCAACAGCAAAAUCAAACACAAUCAACAACUUUAGAAAUAAUAAAUGAUUCAACAGAAAUUAAUUGGCCUAAAAAUCGCAUACAACAUUAUAAUCAUUAUCAACAGCAACAACUGCCUCAUCAACAACAAUUUGCUGUAAUUGAUGAAAAUGAACGACAUGGACGUACUUUCACUUUUAUAACCGAUUUAAUUAACAGCUUUACACAACCGACAUGCAUUUAUCCCUGCACUCUGGAUGCGUAUCAACAACGUCGUUGUUGUGAAACUGUUGUCGUUGUACCACAGCCACCACCCAAUGUCUGUUGCCAACCACCAUUAGUACCUCGACCACCGCCUCCAGUUGUCAUACGACCACCUAUACCUAUACGACCGCCAUCGGUGUUGCCACCACCACCACCAAUACAACCAUUUCCAACGCCAACAUUUCCCUUAAUACCAACGCAAUGUUGUACCACAUGUCCAACGUAUGGUUAUUAUGGUCCACCACCUUGCAUACGUUAUACAAUACCUGGUGGUGGCCCAGGACGUAUUUCAUUGUAUAUGGGUUAA